AUGGACCCCCUAUAUCCCCCUAUAUCCCCCUAUAUCCCCCUAUAUCCCCCUAUAUCCCCCUUAUCCCCCUAUAUCUCCCCUAUAUCCCCCUAUAUCCCCCUAUAUCCCCCUAUAUCCCCCUAUAUCCCCUAUAUCACCCCCUGUCUCCCCCCCCGUGUUGACCCGGCAGUAAUCGGCGCCCUGAUUGGCCGCCAGGAGGGCCGCAGCAUCGAGGUCAUGAACUCCUUCGAGCUCCUGGCGCACGGCGUCGACGGCCACGUCCUCAUCGACAAGGAGUACUAUUACACCAAGGAGGAGCAGUUCAAGCAGGUCUUCAAGGAGCUGGAGUUCCUGGGCUGGUACACGACGGGGGGGCCCCCCGAGCCCGCCGACAUCCACGUGCACAAGCAGGUGUGUGAGAUCAUCGAGAGCCCCCUCUUCCUGAAGCUGAACCCCAUGACCAAGCACACGGAUCUGCCUGUGAGCGUGUUUGAGUCCGUCAUUGAUAUCAUCAAUGGGGAGGCGACGAUGCUGUUCGCGGAGCUGCCCUAUACCCUGGCCACGGAGGAGGCGGAGCGAAUCGGCGUGGAUCACGUGGCCCGGAUGACGGCGACAGGGGGCGGGGAAAGCAGCACCGUGGCCGAGCACCUCAUAGCCCAGCACAGCGCCAUCAAGAUGCUCCACAGCCGCGUGCGCCUCAUCCUCGAGUACGUGCGGGCGGCCGAGGCCGGGGCUCUCCCCUUCAACCACGAGCUCCUGCGCGAGGCCUGCGCCCUCUGCCACUGCCUGCCCGUGCUCAGCACCGACAAGUUCAAGACCGACUUCUAUGAUCAAUGCAACGAUGUGGGGCUCAUGGCCUACCUGGGCACCCUGACCAAGGCCUGCAACACCAUGAACCAGUUUGUGAACAAGUUCAACGUCCUCUAUGACCGGCAGGGACUGGGCCGGCGCAUGAGGGGGCUCUUCUUCUAGGGGGGGGAA